AUGCUGUCCGGCGUGCUGCUCUUCAACCAAAAGGGCGAACUGCUCAUCCUGCGCGCUUUUCGUCAGGACAUGCGCCCUCGGCUGGCCGACGUCUUCCGCAUCCAGGUCAUUAGCAAUCCUCAGAUCCGGUCGCCCAUCCUCACCUUGGGAAGCACCACCUUCAGCCACAUCAAGAGCGAGAACAUAUACGUUGUUGGCGUGAGCAAGGGCAAUGUCAACAGUGCGCUGGUCUUUGAGUUCUUGUACAAGCUGGUUCAGCUGGGCAAGAGCUACUUUGGACGAUUCGAUGAGGAGGCAGUGAAGAGCAACUUUGUUAUGGUUUAUGAACUAUUGGACGAGAUCCUGGAUUUUGGAUAUCCACAAAAUACGGAGACUGAGACGCUGAAGAUGUACAUCACGACGGAGGGAGUGAAGAGUGAGCGGGCACUGGAAGACAGCAGCAAGAUUACCAUGCAGGCCACCGGAGCCUUGAGCUGGCGAAGAGACAACAUCAAAUACCGCAAGAACGAGGCUUUCGUGGAUGUCAUCGAAGAUGUCAACCUGCUGGUGUCUGCUUCAGGAACAGUACUACGAGCGGAUGUGAACGGAGCCAUUGAGAUGCGUGCAUACCUCUCAGGGACACCCGAAUGCAAGUUCGGCCUCAAUGACGCUCUCACUCUUGGAUCUCACUCUGGCGGACUAGAUCAAGCAGGACCUACUGGCAACUUGUCCGGAAACAAGGCGACCAAAGCAGCAGCAGGAAGCGUAACCCUGGAAGAUGUCUCGCUCCAUCAAUGCGUCAAGCUGAGCUCCUUCACAACCGACCGGACAAUCUCUUUUAUCCCGCCUGAUGGUUCCUUCCAACUGAUGACAUACCGCUGCUCCGAAAACGUCAACCUCCCAUUCAAGGUCCACGCCAUUGUCAACGAGAUCGGCCGCUCAAAAGUCGAGUACUCGAUAGCUAUCCGCUCAAAUUACGGAAGUAAACUUUUCGCAACCAACGUCGUAGUACGAAUACCGACUCCGCUCAACACAGCCAACACAACACAUCGAACAAGCCAAGGCAAGGCGAAGUAUGUUCCUAGUGAGAACGUAAUCGAAUGGAAAAUCGCACGAUUCACCGGCCAGAGUGAGUUUGUACUAUCCGCAGAAGCGGACUUGAGCGCCAUGACCACCCACAAAGCCUGGAGUCGACCGCCUCUGAGCAUGCAAUUCAGUUUGCUGAUGUUCACGAGUUCGGGACUGCUUGUUCGAUAUCUUAAGGUGUUUGAGAAAGGCAACUACUCCAGCGUGAAGUGGGUGAGGUAUAUGACCAGGGCUGGCAGCUAUGAGAUUCGCUUUUGA